AUGCGCUUGCUUGGCCCUCCGGGUGCCCUUCAGGACUUCUGGGCCGCCAAUCAUGAUGCACCGUGGCUGCUGGCUCAUCCAUAUCGGUCUCAGCUGGACCUAAAUCGAACCAUACCCAUAUUCAUCCACGGGGACGAUGCGGAGUCUCACCGCCGUCGCAGCUUUAUGGUGGUGUCGUGGGGGUCCCUUUUGGUAUCUGGCUGCAGCCCGUUUGACUCCAAUAUGCUGGUGUUUGCAGGAGACAAUGCACAGUGCCUCCACGAGACAUACAACGUGCUCAACUGCUGGUUGUGCUGGAGUUUGACUGAAUUGUUGUUGGGCACAUUUCUCGACGUGGACCCUUUUGGAUCCCCGAUUCAGCGUGCUGGACCUGGUGGCCGCCAGGUGGCGGGUGGCUGGAAGGCGGUGCUGGCCUGCCACAAGGGGGAUGAGGCCUAUCUCCAGAAGGCCUACAACAUGGUCACUACCUGGAACACUGAGUCGGUGUGCUGGCGAUGGUUCCACAUUGACCUGCUGCAGAAUGAUUGGCUGCAUUGCGUCGACCUGGCUAUCGUUCCGGAAUGCGCCGGGUCAGCGGUGAUCCUUUGGUACUACACUCCGAAGCCCAAAGACUACGGACCGUCCUUCCCGCUGAUGCGGGGCUUCAUCAUCGGCAGCUUCUUCCAUCUGGGAAGCAUCGCCUUUGGGUCUUUGGCCAUUGCGGUGGUGCGGCCCUUCCGGAUCGCGUUUAUGUUCCUCUCCCGGCAGGCGAAGGACGGUGGGAACCCCAUCUGCGGCUUGCUGGCCACUUGCUUCAGCAGCUGCAUCGGCUGCGCGCAGCGGUACAUGGAGUUUGUGACCAAGAAUGCGUACAUCGACGUGGUGAUCUCAUCCACGCCCUUCCUCACCGCGGCACAGAAUGCCCAUGGCUUCAUUUCUGCUGACACCGGCAAGGUGGCGCAACUCAGCGGAGCCUUCUGGGUGAUUAACCUGGCGGUGGUGUCGGGUGUGUUCACCAUCACCGUGAUUACGCUUGUGAUCAUCUAUCUGCUGACGGACAGUCCACUCAAGGACUCGCAGCAUAAGAUCGAGAACCCCUACUUCGUGGUUGUGAUGGGCGGUAUCCUGUCCGCCUCCCUCUCCGCGGCCUUCAUCGUUGUCUUGGAACACUGCUCGGACACCUUGAUGUAUGCUUUCCUGUGGAACAAGUCCCACGGCCACAACACCGUGGCAAAGUACUGCCCAGACAACUUGGCCGCGUUGAUGGAGUACAAGAAGGCCACUGGCAAGGCCUCGCAGCGGCCAGACCAGCCGGGCAUUUUCAGUGCGUUUGGAACAUUUUUCCAGACCGAGAUGCCGAAAGAGAAGGGCAAGUCGCCGGAGGAGGUGGCCUUGCUCUCCACGAAGUGAGCCGGGCUCCAGCUGCGAAGUGUUUUUUGUUUGCGUUGGA